AAUUGUUCAAGAAUAAAUCUAUCUGGGAGCUUUAAACCUCCGUUCAAAAUGCGUUAUGCAUUCGACCAUAAAUCUGAAGUUCUGCCAAAAUAAAGCUGCUAGCUUUGAUUCUGCUUGGAACGAAUGCUUGUAUCAGGUUUUCGUUUCUACACCCUAUUCGACGGCCUUGACGAAUACUUGAAUACAAAGUGGCCGCAUUCAAAACGAAAAUCCCCUAUAUAUGGCACUAAACAGAAAACUAUCGCCACAAGCUCAUUAGUCAUCUUUCUGAGCUCUUGAUUAUGGAUCGACUGUUAUGGUACCUGGAAGCUUUUGGAACUACAUUAUUGAAUAUGUACAGCUUUUGGACGAGUCGCAUUGUACAUACAGAUUACUCGCUUCUAUAGGGAAGCAUGCAGAAUGCCUUUAGCAGACUGAAAGACCUUUAUGCUGUUCUCAUUGUUUCCGCCCGACGUUCAACAAGACCACAAAACCUGUUGCCUGGAUGGAUAACCCGAGCCUGAAUGUCAAAAAUCCAGUCAACCUGAUGUUGAAUACAUUUUAAACAUUCGAGUGAAUAAUGGCGUUUAAGUGGAAUUACAGGAGCGGCUCAAGACUACAAUUUCAGUCCAGUCUAUGGUUAUCUUUGAUUUUGGAGAAAAAAGUAGACAGGAUCCUCCUUCUGUCUAUGAAGUUCAUUACUUUUGAUCUGGUGUUGCUGUGAAAAGAUGCCAACGCAUUCACUCUAUUAGUUGGCGCCUACCUCCCUGUUUCAUCUCCAUGGUCGCCUCUCUGUCUCAACCGCUACGAAAUAUACCUAGGUUACUGUGGCAUUCACAUAAAGCGAGCAGCUCCGGCUAACGGUGUUCACAUCUUCCCUCAAUUCCAACAUUGGCUCGGUAGGACAUUGUUAAUACAAGCCGGUUAUCUUUCAGAGGAAAGGAGGAAUGGAUGUUGGAUAGCGAGGGCGGAUCUCCAUACCCCCGAGGUUGGUUGCCAUGCCGACUGCUAUGAGCUCUCGCCCGACAGAGUCCUUCGUUCCCACCCUGCAGCUGGUCAGGGUUGCUCCCAGUUGAAGCGGCAGCAACAGGAACGGCGCUUCUGAGUGUUCUAUCAAAAAUCCGCUCUUGUUUUUACUUCCGGGGCGAAAUGUACCACGUAUAUGUGUCGUGUGUUUUUCUUCUUGCGAUUGGCGCGGCGAACGCAGUAAAAAUCGGUGUAAUCAUGCCGCCAGGGUCGGCCCCUGCAAAGCACGUGUUCGAGGCAAUCGUCUCCCCAUACAACGGCUCACGACCAUCGCCUGAGGGGGAUUUCAAAGUUGGAUCGUUCUUCGCGGAAGUGGCUCAAAGCGAUAUUUUUUCGGCCACUCGAGAAUUAUGCGACCAACUGCGUCAUCAGGUCACGAGUGUGGUGAUUUCACUCCCGCUGACUUCAAGUGCUCUUCAAGGGCUCUUCAAGGGAACCAACGUUCCCUACAUUUCCACAACGUAUCAGGAUCACUGUCGCUCGGAUCUGCACUCCAGCGGACGUCGCCAUAGCCCGCCAGCCGACAAUUUAGGAUUAUCGCUUCUGCCCGAUGUUAUCCCCGCGAUCGCUGACACUAUCGACCAUUUUGGUUGGAGCUCUUUUAUUUAUCUCUAUGACUCGGACUCCGGUACCCAAAAAUUGCAACGUUUGCUUAACCAUAAGUACCAGCGAACGAACGCAGUGACGAUGCGUUACGCGAAAAGGGUGAAUACGCCAGCUGAGGCAAACGUGUUCCUUCGUGCCGUCGAUCUGGCCGACCGAGACGCCAAUAAGUAUGUCAUUCUCGAUGUACCCUUCGCGCGUGCCAAGGAAAUUAUUGUGGGUCAUGCACGUGACCCACACGUAGGCAAGCGGAAUUUCCAUUUCGUUCUGGCCCAGCCCGUAUCAAAUGAACUCCAGCAUCAACUCGUUGAAGAGUUCAGCGUCGUUAGCAUCACAGCGUUUAAGAUGACUUCUGAAGCGGAAGCAGUUAGAAAGUUUUUCGAAAAUGUUCCACGAUCUGAUGAUCCCUCACAAUGGUCGGAAAUAACCGAGGAAAAAAUCACCGCUGAUCAGGCUCUUUUGCACGAUGCCGCCCAGAUCAUCGUAACCGCAUAUAAGGAACUAAGAGCGAACGGCCAAAUUCCACGCAAACAUUCUGACGUGUUCGAAGCUUUCCUACGCAUCGAUAAUCCUCCAGCAACAUGCGACGUCGAGAAAGUCAGCGCCACUCUUGAGUUAGGAGACAUUAUUUCGAGGCAUAUUCGAAAGGAAGGGAAAUGGCAACCAAAUGGACUGACCGGGAGUCUGGAGUUUAACAAUGACGGCUGUCGUAAAAAUUACGUUAUCGACGUUAUUCGUCUCGCUAAAGACGGUAGUCUGAUUCAGUUUGCCCAGUGGGAGUCAGGCAAAGGAUUCUCUCUGGUGUCGCAGCGAAUCGACCGACAAAAAGAGCUUAAGCUCAAUAGAGAAAGAACAUACAUCAUCUCAACGCUUCUCGACGAGCCGUUCCUUUUCCUACAAGACCGGGCAGAUGGCCAGACCAGCCUGUUAGAUCCGAACAAAAAAUUUCAGGGCUAUUUGGCGGACCUAGCGCAGGAACUUGCGAAAGUGAUUGGAUUCCGUUACGAACUGCGUGUGGCCAAGGAUGGUGAACUGGGAGCCGAAAGCAACCUCGCACCUGGCGGUUGGGGGGGCGUCGUUGGCGAGAUAAUGCGAGGGGAGGCUGACUUUGGAUUGGUUUCGCGUCCUCAAUCAAAACUCCUGCGAGACGUCGUUGAAUACAGUCAACCCUUCCUUCAUACCGGAAUUGCGGCCAUUGCCUCUAAGAAAUCUAGUCCGGAUUGUAUUCAGAUUUUGCUCACAUUUUUGCGUCCUUUCGGCUGGCCGCUUUGGAUUAUGCUCGCGUCAUCGUUCGGAAUAGUCUUUCUUUUAAUGUUUAUCUUUUCAUUGUGCAUCGCCUGCGCUGACUCAAAGAAAAGUAUUGAACACGCCACCUCAUUCUGUGAUGAUCUCUAUAAUUCGCUCAAUUUUACAAUUGACACGUUCACGCCACAUUAUCUGGACUCCUAUUACGCAAGGUCUAUUGCAGGUCGGGUAAUAUCCAAUUUCUGGUGGGUCUUCAUCCUUCUGGUAUACUCUGCAUAUACAGCGCAGUUGGUACCGCUGCUUAGAGGUCAACGAGCCACCCUGGAAAUCUUUAAACUCACCAACAUUUCUCAAUUGGCUAACCAGGAGGCAAUCAAUUAUGGGUACUCUCGGGGAUCUAUAGCGGAGACGUACUUUCAGGCUCUACGCACAACUGAUGAGCAGCUUGAGGCUGUUGCCCAUAAAUUGAGGAGAAAUUCACACUCCGAACCGAUCGACAGUGAUGAUGAGGGCGUGGCAAAAGUGCGCGAAUCUAACGGAAGCUUUGUGUUCUUCCUCGAUUCUAACAAAGCCGAUUUCAUCAAUUCUCGUGCACCUUGCGAUACUUUCCGUGUUCAAGGAGUUCCCCUUGGCAUACAAAGCAUUGGCGCUAUUUUGCCCAAGGACUCAUACCUGAGGCAAGAAAUCGACAACGCUAUCACCAAGCUCUACGAGCGAGGGGUACUGGAUGAACUCCGCAGUAAAUGGUGGCUUAAAAAGGCCAAUUGUUCCUUAUCCCAUCGAAAGCUACCUGUUAUGGGAUCAAACCUGCAUCUAUACAAUUUCGUUGGUGUGCUUGCCAUACCAGCAGCAGGUAUUGCUGUCGGCUUUGUCCUAGCAUUCUUCGAAAUCUGCUACCGGGCCUGCACUCGCGGUCGGCAACUGCGUCAACUGAAAAGGCAGCAGCUAAGUCAUCAGACGCGCGGAGAAGCGGAGCCGGGAUUUUCGGACAUUAAUAAAGAUAAUAAUGCUGCCACCGACGACUCACAGCUUAAUCUUCAGCCAGCUUAUACAACGACUGCCUAAACUGGCAACCCUUGACAAUGCUUGUGCCAAGCUAUCAAAAACCACAACAAUAGUGGCAAAAAACCGUAACGACCAGAAGUCGUAGCAGGUCUUGUAAGCGUAAUUUAUUUAGACGAGUCAUACGUCCGUACAAAACUGGAAAUUCACGCAAAAAACGCUACUACUGUGCUACUGUUCUGUCGUGUGGAAGAAAAGGAUACGCCUAUAAAAUAGGCUGCGUUCACGAUACGCACUCGAUCGAAUUGGCAUUGAGUCUGCCAUCGGUCAUUUUGAUUAACCAUAUGAUAUUUAAACAAUAGACAAUAGACAUUUCCCAAAUAAAAAAAAACAAAACCCCACUCAAUUUUGAACAAAAAAAGCUUUAUUCAUCCGUAGGAAUGUUGGCCUUUUCCAGAAAGGCACAUGAUUCUUAAAUCGAGCGCCCAGUAUGCCUAGAUCGUCGUGGAAGCAUGCUUUGUUUUUUUUUUAUAGAUUCGUAGUGAAACCUCUAGAACCGUAAGUUUGACAGUGUCGAAAACUGACAGCAGUAAAAAAAUUCCACUGCUAUUCUUCUCCCAUUGCUCCCAGCAUAUAUUAGGAUCCGCACAGCCCCGUGAUGAAUGGUGGGUAACGUGUUUGUAUGCUCGACUUGAAGGAUACGCGGUGGUCUGGGUUCGAAUCCAAUCGUAGAUACAUUUGGUUUCUUGCCGGUAAAAACAAGCCGUUAGAAGGAGUGGCUAACGGCGGUAUUGGAUGUAGAACUCGAAAUACAUAGGACCUUACACGGAUAAUCGAAUAAGUGAUUGGCUAAAAGCACAGUAGAGCAAAUUCGCGUCGGAUAUAAAUUUGGCAUAUAAGUGAUUCGACUGAAUAAAAUAUAUAAAUUCCCAGAUGAAGUUGUAUUGUUUAAUAUCAUUAAUUCGUAAUGAAUAAUAAGGUUAAUUAUUUUUCCUUGAUAUUUGUUUAGAAACAAUAAAAGCUUACCAAGAGUAUUUAACUAUCAGAUGGAACGUUUAAGCUCUUAACGAAUCCAGUCUCUUCUUGUUAUAUUUAUAACGAGUCCCCCGUAAAAUAUUUGAACAAAAUAACUGCUUUUCUUAGGAUCAUACGCCUUUAAAUAGCACUCAGUAAUACAUUUUUACGUAAAAUUACAUCCUUAAGCAACUUUAAUAUAUCCACAUCCAUUAUUUUAUACAAGUCGUUGCUUUUAAUAUAUACAAUAUGUCUGUAAUAUCUGUAUUAAAUUCAUGUACUCAGUGUCAGGUAGAACACUACGCAAGAAUAGCUCCGCCUGUCGGGUAGAAACAACUGUGCAACCAUUCGCACUUUGCACAUAGACCUAUUCAAUUAUGCCGGCAUCAUUUGCUGUAUGAUUUAUAGUAACAAAUAAUAAAUCCUCACGAGGCAAAUGUCA